ACACAAAAUGAUCGAAACGUUGGCUGGUGGUGUAAUUCUUCUUUUCUGUUCUUAUGGAUUUAUUCACUUGUUUUGGAAAUUCUAUACGUCUAAGUUGGCAUUUCUACCUGGGCCUCCUACUGUUCCUUUCUUUGGGAGUGUUUUGAUGCUAGAAAGGGAACCGCAUAAACUAUUUCGUCAAAUACAAGAAUAUCAUAUAAAAAAUUUAAUUACGUUUUCAAAGUUUGGGUUGGACAUGUUCCAACACUGGUUGCUGGAAAUGUUGAAUAUGCAAAAGCAAUUCUCAGCAGCAAAGAUAUGCUAAGGAAGGCCAACUUAUAUUGGAUUUUGUUCGACUGGCUUGGUUCUGGGUUGUUAACAAGUUAUGGCAGUAAAUGGAGAAAAAGAAGGCGAUUAAUCACUCCAACCUUUCAUUUUAAUAUUUUAAACGAUUUUACAAGCAUAUUCGUGGAACAUUCAGAAAGUUUAGUUGCAAAAUUUAAACUUGAAUGUGACACAGGCAAAGCUAUUGAUGUACAAGUACCAAUAAGUCUGGCUGCAUUAGAUGUGAUUUGUGAAACAGCAAUGGGAGUGAAAAUUAAUUCUCAACAGUGUGCGACUUCCGAAUAUGGAAAAUCUAUACAUUCCAUGAACAGCCAUUUACAGCUUCGACAGAGAUCUCCGUGGUUAUGGUCCAAUUUCAUAUACAAAUUUACUUCUUCAGGAAAAAGCUAUUACAAAGAUCUUAAUGUCUUGCAUGAUUUUACCAUUGAUGUAAUCAAUAAACGUAUCAAAUCACGAAAAAAAUUAAAAGAAUCCACAAGUGACCAAUCUAAUCUUCGUAAAGAGGUUUUCCUUGACAUGCUCCUAGAUUUAUAUGAUGAAGGUGAGAUUGAUAUUGAUGGAAUACGUGAAGAGGUAGAUACAUUUAUGUUUGAGGGGCAUGAUACCACUGCUACUGGAUUGGCCUGGAUUCUGUAUCUUCUUGGGAGACACCCUGAAGUGCAAAAAAAACUACAUGCUGAAAUUGACAGUGUUGAUACAAGAUGCGGAAACGUUAUUGAGAAAAUACGUGAAUUAAAGUAUUUGGAAUAUGUCAUAAAGGAAGGACUUCGUUUGCAUCCUCCCGUGUCUUUGUUUGCGCGUUUGGUGGAAAAAGACACAGUAAUUGGUGAGCAUGUCAUUCCGUCUGGCACAGAAAUCGGGCUAGAUGUGUAUGCCUUACAUUCAAAUCCAGAAUAUUGGGAUGAGCCUGAAAGAUUUAAUCCCGACCGGUUUAGUGAGGAGAAAUUCUUGAAAAGAAAUCCGUAUUGUUACGUGCCUUUCUCUGCUGGAUCUCGGAAUUGCGUUGGUCAGAAGUUUGCAAUGUUGGAGGAAAAGAUCUUUUUAUUUAAUGUUAUGUCGAAUUUUUACUUGACGUCCAUUCAACAUAAAGACGAGGUUGAAGAAUGUUUCGAGAUCAUUCACAAAUCGAAUAAUGGAUUGAUGGUGAAGUUUUCAUCGCGGUGAUAUUUCCAUCGAUAUAUGAUAUAUAUCGAUAUGUAUAUAUACAUGGGAGAGGUGAUAAGAGAAAAAACUACUUCGUUCUGAAAUAAUUUUUAUCUUUCGCUGUCUGAAUUUUUUAUUCUAUAAAUUUUCGCAAAUUUUAUUCCGCAAAAAUUUUAAGAUGGCACUAUGCUCGAAUUGAUGUAAUUAAUGUUAUACAUCUAAGUUAGUGACUAUUAAAGCAUGUACUUACAUUUCGCGUGUAUUAAUUUUCUCGUACGACCAUUUGCAAAACAUUCAACGGACAUUGUUGUUAUAUAUAAUAUUACAAAUUUCACAA